AUGUCUGGCAGGCCUGCCGACGAAUGGUGGCGGGAAGCUUCGCGCCAACGAUUACAGCAACUUCUCUCCGUUUCCAAUCACGAUGACUUUGGGACAAUGUCGAGCGCACGUCAAUCCUUAGACGAGGACAUGUCCGCGAUUCGGGCUGUCUUCAGAGCGGUCAGAUCUCACAGGAACAGUCUGGCGAGCAUCCACAAAUUGCCGAUCGAGUUGAUCGUACGCUGCUUUGGGUGGUUAGUCGACAUGGAGCCUCCUACUAGACAUAAAGUCAUCAACGAGCCUCCCAGCACGUUGGGAUGGAUCAAGGUCUCUCACGUUUGCGCUCUCUGGAGAGAUGCCGCUCUUCAUGAUUGCACGCUAUGGCGGAAACCAGCCUUCGACUUGGGGUUUGACUGUGCCAAAGUCAUGCUGUCCCGCGCACAAUCAGUUCCUCUCAUCCUGUCUUGCACCCUGUCCGAAAUAGCAACUCGCACAACACGUAGCGCGCUGCAGGUUUUUUUAGAGAGGCAUCUCGAUCAUACCGAACAACUCAAGGUACACGGUACCAAGAGCACAAUGUUCAGCACAUUGCACUCGACGCUUUCUAGUUCUGCACCGCUAUUAACUGGCCUCUGUCUUGAAAUUUUCGACAACUACGAUCAAGGAUCAUCUGUCGUUAACAUUCCGCCGACCCUCCUAGAUGGGAACGCACCGAAUCUGAAGACUCUCAGUCUCACCGCCCUGCCGCUGCCACCAUCUCUUCCCAUGUACAGCAGGCUCUCAUCCCUCGAUAUGGACCAUAUCCUUCCCCUCCCAUCGAUUGGUGCCCCUGCAGAGUUUUUGAGCUUGGUGCCCUCUCUGGAAUCAUUAUCCCUCUACAACAGUGUUGGCAUCCCAGCAUCGCCUGAUCACGUCACGACCAUUCAUCUUUCAAAGCUUGACACACUAUUUUUGAGCGACACUCCUCUAAGCUCCAUAGAAUUCCUUAUGAGACUACGCGCUCCAAUGUUAAGAUAUCUGUGUUUCAGCCCUGUUCCCAUAGAUGAAGAGAUUGUUUCAACCUUGACCACAUCUCUAUGGGUUGAGUACCUAUCGAUCCGCCGUGGAUUGCGUUCCUUGUUAGUUGAGACUCAUUUCGAUUCUCUACAAGGUACAUUAAAAAUCACAGUAGUCAGCUCUCAUAAUGUAUGGGGGCUUACAAGGCCAAAGCCCGUCAAGCCUGAUGGCCCCUCCGAGCCACUGCCGUCUCUAAUAUUCUUGCUCGGGGACGAUCUUGGUUCCGCAGAGCCUCGUCUCAGGAUGUGCAAUGUCCUGAGCCCGUCAUCCCUUCCUGUCGUCGAGCAUCUUUUUCUGGAUUUCGGAGGGCACGAAACCCUCUGGAACGCUGUUGAUCUAACCAGUUUCCUCCUUGAAAUGCCUCAAGUACAAACACUUUCACUCUACAGCCCAACUGUGCCGCCCGAGGAGGGAGGUUUCUGGGCCAUAUUCUGUCCCGACUCGGAGUCCCCUUUUACCCUCUACGCAGAGCCUUUCGAACGCCGCAUUCAAGGAUGUCUCUGUCUCCCGAAUCUUUCGACCCUCGCGCUCCUUGGGUCGAUCUGGUACACCGAAGGCAACGAGGAGUCUCGCACUGAUUUUCUCUCUGCAUUACGGAUGCGGAAGUCUAUGCACCCCGAAUGCAAAUUACAACGAGUUAUUCUCGGGGGUGGUAUUGAUCUCGAAGCGGAGUUUGUGGCGAACUUGCGCGAGUUGGUGCCGGAUGUCGAAGUCGUUGAAACUUAG